AUGAACAUUUCCGAUGCCACAUUCCAACGUCUCGAGGCCGAGUUCAACGCCCCCUCCGUGCGCAAUUUCACAUCUGCCCUUCCCAAUCGCCAGUGGAUCGCAGAUGCGGAAGCCCAGAAGCGGAACGGCGUCAAUCCCUUCCCCCCAGGGGUAGUCGCAUCUCGCCCCGUCUUCGACAUUAAGAAGAUGCGCGAACUUCUCGAUAUGAACAAUUUUGAGCUCCGCGACAGCUUCUACGAGCUGUUCAAAAACCCGGUCUUCUUCCCGCGAUACAAUGAAUCCCUCGCCGAGCAGAGGGCACGCACCAUACAGAGGUGGCGCCUCAUUGCAAAGACCGGCGUUUUUCACAAGACGCUGCAGAAUUUUACGGCCGAGGGACGCCAGCGGUAUGAAGCCACCCUUGAGUCUGUGGGUGCUAUGGAGCACAGCAUGGAGAUUAAAAUGGGGGUCCAUUACGGACUUUUUGGAGGGACCGUCAGCAUGAUGGGUGACGACGAGCAGUCCGCAAAGUGGGCGCCCAUGAUCGAGAACUGCCAGAUGCUCGGGUGCUUUGCCAUGACGGAGCUAGGACAUGGAUCCAACGUCAAGGGCAUCCAAACUAAGGCCGUCUACGAUAUCCCCUCCCAAACAUUCAUAGUCAACACACCCUGCGAAGAAGCCCAAAAGUACUGGAUCGGUGGCGCCUUCCAAUCGGCACGAUGGACCGCCUUAUUCGCACAGCUCUACGUCCAAGGUGUCUGCCACGGAGUGCAUCCAUUCCUAGUCCGCAUUCGCAACGAAGAUGGCACUACCGUCCCAGGUGUAACUAUCGGCGACUGCGGCGCCAAAAACGGUCUCAACGGCGUAGAUAACGGUCGCAUGUGGUUUUCUAACGUGAGGGUUCCCCAUGACCACCUUCUCCGCCGCCAUUCGCAAGUGUCCCGUGACGGCACGUUCACCUCAAACUUCAAGUCUGCCGAUGAGCGCUUCGGCGCCUCUCUCGCGUCGCUCUCUGGCGGACGCGUCAGCGUGUCCGCAGGGUCCCUCGUCCAAGCCAAGCUGGCCCUAUCCAUCGCGAUCCGGUACGGCCUCUCGCGCAAGGCAUUCGGGCCACCGGGGCAGGAGGAGACCCGACUGAUGGACUACCCGGCGUACCAGGCGCGGCUGAUCCCGCCGCUAGCGACGACGUUCGUGAUGCAGCUAGUGCUAAACCAUCUCAAAGCCAAGUGGGAACGAGGAGAUCUCGGACGCGAACUGCACGUGUGGAGCUCCGGAUUCAAGGCCCUCAUCUCAUGGCACUCACUGCAAACGCUGCAGGAGGCGCGCGAAGCGUGCGGCGGGCAGGGGUACAAAUCGGAAAACCGGAUUGGCCCGAUGAAGACCUCGCACGACGUGGCCCUGACGUACGAGGGCGACAACCACGUCCUGCUGCAAGCGGUGACCAAGACGGUGUUUAGCGAGUUCAUGAAGGGCAUCCAGAGCGGGGGCAACUUUCGGGGGCACUUUGCGUAUCUCAAGGACGCAGAGGGGCUGAAAAAGAUGAACUUGUCAGGCAUGGACCCGAGGUCUGCGGCAUUCGCGCUGACGGUGAUGCGGCGGCGCGAGGCAGCAUUGUUCGCAAUGCUGGCCGCCGAUCUGCAGAAGCGGACAGCAGCGGGACUGACGCCGCUCAAAGCAUUCAACCAUUGCGCGGUGCUCGUGGAGGAUGCCGGUCGAGCGCACGUGGAGCUACUGAUGGUGGAGCUGUUCCAUCAUACGCUAAGCGAUUUGCAACGACGCGGCGAGACGGAGCUGGCAGACAUGCUGAGCCUUUGCGGGGCACUGCAUACCGCGAGAACGGUGGAUGAGCAGCCCGUGUUCUUGAGGUGCGGGGCGGUGUCGGUGGCUGAGGCACAGAUGAUGCACACGAAUGUGGGGCGGUUUUGCGGGACGCUCAGACCCCACGUGCUGACACUGGUAGAGUCGUUUGGAUACCCGCCGCAUCUGCUAGCACCGAUUGCUUUCGAUUACGUUGCGCAUAAUAGCAAGGGGAGGCUGUAG